GAACAAAAAGGUUGACUUGGUUGCUUAGUAACUUUUGAAGACAUGAUUUCUCAGCAAGUCCAGUUUUAAGGCUAUAUACUGGCAGGCUAAGUGUGUUUAACAUUGGCGCGUGUCUUUUGAGCAUUCAUAGCUCUGUCUACGAAUUCCUGUGAGGAAAUUACCUGCAUUUGGUGUAGCGGUUACUGCAACAUCAGGCAUUUAGGAGCAGCAUGUCUCUUAUUUAAAGGAAACUUUCGUAGAUGAGGAGCCCACAGAAACCCCAAAACCCCAAGUGCAUCCCUUAACGCCCUCUCAGGUUGCUCUCUUUCUAUAUAAAUCCCCUGACCCAUUCUGGUGAGCAUCAUUCACUUGCUUUCAGUCUGAUUAUUCUCAUUAGCGUUGAGAGCACAGUGUUAAGAAGAUAAGCAACGAGAAUGGAUUCUUGGUCCAACCUGGUGCUAAUUUGCGGACUUGUCAUGAUGCCACUGCUGAAUGGAACUGCUGGACAUGGGAUUCACAACCUGACCAAAGCUGUACGCGUUCUGCAAAUACAUCAUGGGUUAAAAGACCCAGAAUGGGUGGGAAAAGCUGUUUUCACUCCCUACUUGGGCAAAGUAGAGGACACUUGCACUUGUGAGAAGUUGAUGCUUCUGCGUAUGCUGAAUGGUUACAUGGACAUCUUUUCGGACAUGCUGAAAAAGGCCAAGACUGUUGAGACUGAGAAUAGUCUGAAAGAACUCCAGGAAAGUGUGAAAGAACUGAAAGACAAAUACAAAAAAGAACAGGAAGUGUGGACACAACUUCAUAAGAUUAACACCAUACAAAAAGACGACAGCACGAUCCAAGGUGGAGCAGUGAACGACUUUAUCAAUGUGUACGAUAAGGCCUUAGAAGCUGGACAACAUUCCAAGAAGACCCAUUCACCACUCAAGCGUUUUCUGCAACGUUAGGAGACUACUGAGUAGAGCACAGACAAAUCUGCAUUACUUUUGUCAUUUAGUCUAGUUCCUCUGUGUUAUUUAUCAAACUUAAUUUAACCAUUAAUUAAAAUUUUAAUUUAACAUAUUUAUUUUCAUCACACAAUUCAAUAUACCUGUAAAAUGUAACUUAUUUUGCUGUGCAGUUCAGUUUAUAGUUUUGCAUGUUUGUCAAUGACUUCAUCAUCCAUAUGUGCACCUCAUGUGUCAGAACAAUAAAUCACUAACUUUUGCAUUAA